AUGACAGCUUGGUCAAUCGAGUUAUCUGAAUAUGGUAUAAGGUAUGAAAGCCGAGGAGCGUUGAAAGCACAAUGCCUUGCUGAUUUCAUAGCCGAACUCACACCUAGCGUUCAAUUGGAAAAUCCAUGUUGGAUCUUGCAUGUCGAUGGCUCGUCUAAUACAAAAGGUAGUGGUGCCGGGAUUAUCCUUGAAGGUCCUGAUGGUAUGAUGCUUGCACUUGCAAUUAAAUUCGAUUUCGGAGCUACUAACCACCACGCAGAGUACGAAGCUCUACUUGCAGGUUUGCGACUUGCAAAAGACAUGGGUGUUAAGAAACUCAAAUGUUGUAGCGAUUCUAAGUUAAUUACUGAGCAAGUCGGAGGCGCCUACCAAACGAAAGAACUUCAGCUGCAAAGGUACAACCUUAUGGUAUCUCAUCUCACCUCUUCUUUUGACCAUUUUCAGAUUGAACAUGUUCCAAGGGCGCACAAUGCUAGAGCCGACUUAUUAUCCAAGUUAGCCAGCACCAAGCACCCAGGACAACACAAAACAAUCAUUCAAGAAACAAUCAGUGCACCAAGCUAUGACUCUGUGGCAGUGUUGUCUAAUGAUCCGGGUCAAUCCAGCUGGAUGUCAAGCAUCUGGCAAUAUCUCACUGAUGGCACUUUACCAAGCGAUAAAGUUGAAGCUUCAAAAAUCAAAAUCAAAGCUUGCCAUUUCACACUCGAGGCCGGUGAAUUGUUCAAAAGAGGAUUCUCAGUACCCUUUUUAAAAUGCUUUAACUCGGAUCAAGCUAGAUACGUAAUGGACGAGAUCCAUAGGGGUAUUUGCGGCCUACACUCUAGAUCUUGGUCCAUGGCUACAAGAGUGAUCCGAGCUGGCUAUUACUGGCCAACCAUAAGAUCGGAUUGUAAAGCAUAUGUACAAAAAUGUCAAGCCUGUCAGAAAUUUAGCAACCUACAUCAAUUACCUGCAACAGCACUACAUUCAAUGCAAUCAGCAUGGCCCUUUGCAUGGUGGGGUAUGGACAUACUCGGUCCCUUCCCGAUUGCUAAGGGCCAAUUGAAAUUUUUAAUUGUAGGGAUUGAUUACUUUACAUGA